CUCCACCUAGGUGCCCUUUCUCUGGGGCCGCUCCAGCUGGUGCCAGCCACCUCCAGUCCCCUUUGCUUCUGGUUGUCCCUAAGGUUGGAUGGAGACAGGCUGGGACCACCAGCCAGCUCCAUGGACAGGGGCUUUGCCUCUACUCACUUUCCAGCUGUGGAAAGAAAAGAAGAAACGUCUGUGUUGAUUUCUAUUUGGAAGAUCCUUCCUCCUCCUAAACUUCCCAGGGCCGACACAGUGAUUCAACCUUGGAUUGACUGGAGAAGAAGGGACAGGAAGAGCCCAGAAUAUUCCCCCAGAUGUUCCCACUGUGACUUCUCUCUGAUCCCUUGAUGGAAGCAUCUGAAACACCCUUCACCAUCUGGAUGCGCAAGGAAGCAGAGAUGCAAAUUGGUCCCCAGCCAGAUGAGAAGGGCUGGGGGUGGAGGCUGGGAGAUGGGAGUGCUGCACCUCCCCUCCUCCCCCAAGCCCUGUCCUUCCUUCUCCUCCUGCCACUGGCCAGUGCCCUACAGCUCACUCCACUGCCCUUUCCAGAGCUGAGGCUGGUGGGGGGCCCCAGCCGCUGCCGGGGGCGCCUGGAAGUCAUGCACGGUGGCUCCUGGGGCAGCGUCUGUGAUGACGACUGGGAUGUGGUGGACGCCAACGUGGUGUGUCGGCAGCUGGGCUGUGGCCUGGCGCUGCCCGUGCCACGGCCCCUCGCCUUUGGCCAGGGCCGAGGCCCCAUCCUGCUGGACAACGUGGAGUGCCGUGGGCAGGAAGCUGCGCUGAGCGAGUGCGGCAGCCGGGGCUGGGGCGUCCACAAUUGCUUUCACUACGAGGAUGUGGCUGUCCUGUGUGAUGAAUUCUUGCCAACGCAGCCCCCAACAAGGAGGAUGUUAACCAGUAGAGCGCCCCCUAGGACACUUCCGAAUGGAAAAAGUGAGGGCAGUGUGCGCCUGGUGGGAGGCGCGAACCCGUGUCAGGGCAGAGUGGAGAUCCUGCAUGGUGGCCUGUGGGGCACCGUGUGUGACGACGACUGGGGGCUGCCGGAUGCCGCUGUGGUCUGUCGCCAGCUGGGCUGUGGGGUGGCUAUGGCCGCCACCACCAACGCCUUCUUCGGCUAUGGCACGGGGCACAUCCUGCUGGACAACGUGCACUGUGAAGGCAGCGAGCCCCACCUGGCAGCCUGCCAGAGCCUGGGCUGGGGCGUGCACAACUGUGGCCACCACGAGGACGCGGGCGCGCUAUGCACAGUCCUGGGUCCCCCAACGCUCACGGCACUGCCAUCCUUGGCCACAAGAGAGGACUGGGCUUGGCGCACAGAUCCGUCCGCCACAGGAGUUGCCCCCCAGCCUUCCCGGGAGACUGCACUGCUUACCACCGCCGCCUGGGCCGCAGGGAAGAAAAGCGGGCGGCUGCGGCUGGUGGGUGGCCCGGGCCCGUGCCGCGGCCGCGUGGAGGUGCUGUACGCCGGGGGCUGGGGCACCGUGUGCGACGAUGACUGGGACUUUGCGGACGCACGCGUGGCCUGCCGCGAGGCGGGCUGCGGGCCCGCGCUGGGCGCCACGGGCCUGGGCCACUUCGGCUAUGGCCGCGGCCCAGUGCUGCUGGACAACGUGGGCUGCUCUGGCACCGAGGCCCGCCUGAGCGACUGCUUCCACCUGGGCUGGGGCCAGCACAACUGCGGGCACCACGAGGACGCGGGCGCUCUCUGCGCAGGCCCAGAGGAGCUGGGACUGCAAGUCCAGCAGGACGGUUCUGAGACCACACGGGUACCCACUCCUCGGCCCAGGGAUGGGCACCUACGUCUGGUCAACGGAGCCCACCGAUGCGAGGGGCGUGUCGAGCUCUACCUAGGGCAACGGUGGGGCACUGUCUGUGAUGAUGCUUGGGACCUGCGGGCAGCCGGUGUCCUGUGCCGCCAGCUGGGCUGUGGCCAGGCCCUGGCAGCUCCUGGCGAGGCUCACUUUGGUCCAGGCCGGGGCCCCAUUCUCCUGGACAAUGUCAAGUGCCGUGGGGAAGAGAGUGCCCUGCUGCUCUGCUCUCACAUCCGCUGGGAUGCCCACAACUGCGACCACAGCGAGGAUGCCAGUGUCCUGUGCCAGCCUUCAUGACCCAGCCUGCUCUGCAGACCACCUCUUUUUUCUGGGAGCUGUGACCUGCCCUUCCUCCUCCGGGAAGUCCUCCUCUUGAUGACUACAGUUCACUUUGCCCCUCCUUCCCUUGCCUGGGAGAGAGCCUACCUAGACAGUGCAGUCCCGCAUGGGGGAGCCUGGCUGUACCCCCAUCCACUGACUGCGUGACCUCAGCCUGUCAUCCACUAUUGUCAGCCCAGUUCAGUGAAAGCUCCCGUGGUUUUGCUCAGUCAAAACCAAAAUGAGGGGAAGAGAAAUGACUCCUAACUCUUCUCUUUGGUGGGGCUCUUUUUAUAGCACCAGACCUGACUUCCUCGACCUAGAUCCAGGAGGCUCAGGGGCUCUUUAA